AUGGACAGGUGGUGUCCUAAGCAUGGGACAGCGGUGAAUUCAGGAAACCAAGUUUCCAGUCAACGCAAGACAUCUUUGCUGGUUUGGUCUAACAACAACAUACGUUUCAUCAUGGGAAACACUUGUGCAAAAGGAAAACCGAUUGCUCAUGUAUCUUCCUCCAAUUUUUCUGGAAGUAAGAAGCGUGUAUCUAAACCAAAGCAGGAUUUAAAUUCUUCUGAACGAAAUCCUGCUCCAAAAACUACAGAAUUAAAUGUUACUACAUCCAUCUCCAGUAGCCUCAAGUCCUUCAGCUUAAAUGAUCUAAAGGAGGCCACUAAGAACUUCCGGCGAGAAAAUUUAAUCGGAGAGGGAGGAUUUGGGCGUGUCUUCAAAGGAUGGAUUGAUGAAAACACAUAUGGUCCCACAAGACCAGGCACUGGAAUUGUGGUGGCCAUAAAAAAUCUUAAGCCAGAAAGCUUCCAAGGCCACAAGGAAUGGCUUGCAGAAGUCAAUUAUCUUGGGCUGCUUCAGCAUGAAAAUUUGGUGAAACUUAUUGGUUAUUGCUUGGAAGGUAAAAACAGGCUUCUAGUUUAUGAGUUCAUGCAAAAAGGAAGUUUGGAGAAUCAUUUAUUUAGAAAAGGUGUUCAACCUAUGGCUUGGGUUACCAGGGUCAACAUUGCAAUUGGUGUAGCAAGAGGACUAACAUUCUUACAUUCCCUGGAUCAAAAUGUCAUCUUUCGUGAUUUGAAGGCUUCCAAUAUCCUACUUGAUUCAGACUUCAAUGCAAAGCUUUCAGAUUUUGGCUUGGCAAGGGAUGGUCCAACUGGGGAUAAUACUCACGUUUCAACUAGAGUUAUAGGAACUCAAGGCUAUGCUGCGCCGGAGUAUGUUGCUACAGGUCACUUGACCCCAAGGAGUGAUGUAUACAGCUUUGGUGUAGUCUUGCUAGAGUUGCUAACCGGUAGGCGAGCAGUGGAAGAUGACAGACCUGGAUUUUCAGAGGAAACCUUGGUGGAUUGGGCAAAGCCAUUCUUGAGUGACAAUAGAAGAGUUUUGAGAAUUAUGGACACAAGGUUGGGCGGUCAAUAUUCCAAGAAAGGAGCACAAGCUGCAGCUGCACUUGCAUUGCAAUGCCUCAACACUGACCCCAAAUUUAGACCCCCUAUGGUGGAAGUUCUAGCAGCAUUGGAAGGACUUAACUCCUCAAUUUCAUUCACAAGGACACCACCAAGAUCUGACAGCCAUGCAACCAAAUAUUCUGGUGUCCAUUCACAAAAGUAA